UUCCUCGAGGCACUUGUUUCAGCGUAUUCGUGCGCUUAUGAUUAAUGGAUCAGUGUUUUCCAUUGUAUUGUUAACCUAAUAUAUCUGAAAUAUCAACACACAAUGUGAUUAUAGCGUAUCCAGUCUAUGCAGGACUGGAUCAACAAUCAACACGAACAUGUGUACAUUUGGAUGAACUAUUUCGAACACCAUUCUUGGCGGAAUAAAUGUAUACAUUAGUGGAGUUGUUCGGUCGGAAUGGAGGCGAUAUGCCAUCUUUGUAAGAUGUGAAGUGGAUAAAAUAUUUCCCCAUAACAGUCUCCUUUUUCUAACCAGCCAUGCCUCGAUGUGAAUUCUCAACAAGAAUAAUUCCUGCAACAUGUGCAUGGAGUUUGAUCCUGGGGUGCACAUCCCUGUACUUCGUAUUUGUAUGCCGAUAUUUAAUGAAUACCAGUACCUACGCACUAGCCAUCCCGGUGUAUCAGGGAAUAUUGACAAUAUUUGUCUUGGCAAACCUCUUCUUGGCUACGUUUAUGGACCCAGGAAUAUAUCCAAAAGCCCAUGAAGACGAAGCCAAAGAUGAUGACUUUAGGGCUCCAUUAUAUAAAAAUGUUGAAAUAAAAGGUAUAACAGUGAGGAUGAAAUGGUGCACAACAUGCCAGUUUUACCGACCUCCUCGGUGUUCACAUUGUAGUGUGUGCAACACAUGUAUAGAGACAUUUGACCACCACUGCCCGUGGUUAAACAACUGCAUAGGUCGACGCAACUAUAGAUAUUUCUUCCUGUUUCUAUGCUCACUCUCCGUACAUAAAGUUAGUAUAUUUUCCCAGUGCCUCGUCUUUAUGCUGCAUCACAAAGAUGAACUGGAUGCGCCAGGCAGUAUUUGUGCUAUUGUAGUAAUGUGUAUAAUUGGGCUGCUGAUCAUCCCGGUGGCAGGACUGACCGGCUUCCAUAUGGUGCUGGUGUCAAGGGGCAGGACGACUAAUGAACAGGUGAGUCGCCAGGUUACAGGGAAGUUUAAAGGUGGGCACAACCCCUUUUCUCGAGGCUGCUGGCUCAACUGUAGUUAUGCUCUCUGUGGACCACAGUGGCCUAAAUUAGUUGCCUACAUUCCCAAGACGAGGACAAUACAGAUCGAGUCGUCAAAGGUUACGUACGUGGCCGCGGACAAAGAUGUGAAGCUCUACUCCGACGCCAGCUCUAACGGGAUCCAGCGAGACGGGCGCUCAGUCAACAACAGUUUGCGUUAUCCUUCCAACUGGGAAGACGAGGACUAUAAGGGCAGCCAGUCUUUGGACUGUGAGCCCUCACCUCCCUCCACAAAGAAGACUGCAUCCUACACGAACCUGUUCGACACCUCUCAGCCAACAGCAGUGGGGGCAUCCUUCCAAGCCAGCCAGCCCAACCAUGUUAAGAGGGAAUCACCAAGGAUGCAACGAAACCGAAAUCUGUACGAACGCUCCCCACAACGGACGAGACACGCCCCUCCUGUUGUGGACUCGUAUCCUCGCGUUGAUCCCCAUCCCCGUGGUGAUCAGCCACACCAUAAUCAUCAGUAUCCUCGUGUUGAGCAACAGCCUCGUGAUACCCACCCACGGGGAGAAGGUCGACCACAGGGCUUGCCGGAGCGUAGCCGUGCUCCGAUAGCAACGAUUGAAGAGACUAGUAUAAACACACCUAUCACUCCUCCAUCCACCAGCAUCAACAGCCCUGGUAUGGAGAGGAUACCUUUGGGUUAUCGUAAAUACAUGGAUAAGGCUGUCAGCAACAGUCCCAAAACUUAUAAAUAUCCACGCAGUCAUUCCAUUUCGCCGCCUCGUGAGUUUUAUCCCUCUGUGGUGAACACAAGUCAAAAUAAUCGUCCCUAUGUGGAGUAUAAUAAUGUAGCAUAUCAGCAGAGGACUAAUCAUCCAACAGGGGGCGUGACAAGCCACCCGCCAAAUAUUAUCAACAAUCACCCCCAGCCGGGCAUUUCCGGCACAAGGACUCCGAGCAACUCUCAAAUGGGUGCUAUCCGGUCAGAGGCCAGUAGUGGGCCCCAUCGACCAUUGUCUUUUGUUCGAGCUCUUGAAGUGAGUAAGGCUGUCGAGAGUCGGGAACAGGUACAAAGGGGAGAUAACCCUCGACAGCAGCGCAAUGAGAACAGCCGCAGCCUGUAUGAUUCCUCCUAUGAAGUGUCCGUCUAAAGCUUGUUGUUUUUCGCCAGUAGGUGUGUCAAUUGUGCAUUGUUGCGACCAAGCUCCUGAAAUGACAUUUUUACAGUAAAUGGUGUCAGUCUUGGCGGGAUUGGAGGCAAACUCUUACAAACCAGUACCAAAGGGAGAUAAGCCACACUCAUAUUUUAUUGUUUCUGUGCAUCUGCAGUAUUUUACUCUUGGUGGAAGACAGUGUUUACAUAGAAGAGCUAAAAGCAUGCCUUUUUUUUGAGUGCUGUGAGUUGCUGAUUAUGUGUUAUCUCCCUUGGGUUAUUCUCAGGAUUUGAAUCUGUGAAAGCUUUCAAGCAAGCACAGGGCAUACAAAGGAUACUGAGGGUUCAGCUGGCUUAACCCUUUGUGGUUUCAGUAACUUUGUGACAGUAGGAUGGGUUAAUAUUGUCAUGGUAACUUACUUUUGUGAUAUUUCUGUGAAUGAGGAACAUACUGCUGUUUUCUCUUAAUAUCUCUGUGGGAGCUUUACACAUCGUCUUGGACCAAUGGCACCAGUAAUCAUUUAAGAAAUGCCUAGACUGGACUUGUUUGAGCCGAUAUAAUAUGACUUCAAAAUUUAGCUGGAAAUCCAUGGGUCACAAAACCCAAGUGUUGAAUGUUAGAGAUUAAGGAAUCCCUAGAUUUAAAUUCUAUUGCAGCAAACUUCAAGAAACCAGGACCCCUUUAGUUUUGAACUCUGUAAUUGUAAUGUCAUGGAGCGGGGUUGAGAUACUGUGCAUUCCCUACUCUGCCGAAGACCUGUGUUCACCUAGGUAGGCAGAAGGGGAAGACCUACAGUGAGGUCUACACUGACAGGGCUGUACACAUACAGUAUAAGAUCUUACUCGCUUACCCCAAUGUUCCUUUACAGAUGUUACAGCUUAGCAGGGUUUGAAUUUAAACAUGAAAAUCUAGGGGUCCUCAUCCUGAUUUAUGAUAAGAGGUAAAGGGGUCUUCAGAUUCAAGGGCAGUCGGGUAGCCUAGUGGUUAAAGCGUUUGCUCGUCUCGUGAAGACCCGGGUUUGAUUCCCAACAUGGGUACAAUGUGUGAAGCCCUUUUCUGGUGUCCCCCGCCGUGAAAUUGCUGGAAUAUUGCUAAAAGCGGCGUAAAACCAUACUCACUUCAGAUUCAAAUACCGUAGCAUGCAUGUCAUCUUCUCCCAAUUGUGUGGAUCGAUGCUCAUGAUGUCAAUCACUGGAUUGUCUGGUCCAGACUCGAUUAUUUACAGACCACCGUCAUAUAGCUGGAAUAUUGCUGAGUGCAGCGUUAAACAAAACAAACAAAUACCGUGGCAAAAAGCCCGAAGGUGCCCUGGACCCCCUUUAUUUAGGACAGUGCUCAGCAUAAUUACUAUCAAUACUAUUUGUAGUUGUCCAGGUUGCGAAAAUGAUAAGAAAACUUGUAAUGUUAGUGAAACAUGUUUGGGCAAAUACUGGGGUAGGCAUUUAAAAAUAUUUUUUUAGUUUUUGAAUUGUUGGUUCAUAAUCAAUUCUUCAUGGGCUUGUAUACACAGUGUUCCUCAAACUCCCGUGAAUAUAUUUGACAGCUAUGCUGUGCAGUGGUGACACAUGUCUAUAUUAAGUCAGUUUAUGAAAUAGGGCUGGACUGAUCACUUACCGUAUUCGACGUAAUAAACGCCCCGCUCUAAUAAGCGCCCACGCCUAUAUUUGCUAAUAUAUUUGCUAGUGAACAAUCCCACUUGGCACCCCUUCUGAUUGAUCAAUGUACACAAGACUUAUUUUUUCACGAAUAAUACGCACUCGUGUGUUAUAUGCACCCUUUAUUACGGGCAAUUCAAUUCUGGAAAAAUAUAUCUGUCGUAUAUAAACAUUUCAGGCUGUCUAAUAAGAGCCCCCUAUUUCUAAUUUUGAGAGCGCCCCGGGCGCUUAUUACGUCGAAAUACGGUAUGUCAAAUUGGACCUCAUCCAAGCACCUUACCAUUGCCCGACAUUGAGAUGUGUAAAACCAAUGUUAUGACAGUGCAACAGGAUUUGACAUCUGGGAUGUUUCUAUGACCUGACAGGAAUUUGUUAAGGAAUGCAUUUUUCUCCACCAGUUUUCCUGUGUAAAAAGACAUGUUUCUUUUCAGAUUCAAUGUCAGCGUCAUUUCAUGUCUGCUUCUCCGUUUAUCAUGGUUUAGCCAUCUUUGUUAUUUACCAUUGUUAUCUGAGUGUUGAUGGGUAGAGUUCUCAUAGGCUCCCCUCUCACUCAAAGCAGCUAGAGACUUGUUGAAAAUAUCUCUACACCACCUCGAUGCAGUGUAUUCAGGUGAUGGAGGAAUAUUGUGUAUACAAGCCAGUGAAGUAUUGACUAUCAGUUGGUUAGCUAUUUAUUGAGUCUGAGCUGUUACAUGACAUCUGCAACGCAUGUUUUCUGUAAAAGGGGACCAUGCUUAUCGUAAGAGGCGAGUAAAGGGAUCGGGUGGUCAGACUCGCCGACUUGGUUGAUGCAUGUCAUUGUAUCCCAAUUGUGUAGAUCAAUGCUCAUGAUGUCAAUCACUAGAUUGUCUGGUCCAGACUCGGUUAUUUACAGACAGCUGUCAUAUUGCUGAAAUAUUGCUGUGUGAGGCAUUAAACAACAAACAAACAAAACAGACCACCGUCAUAUAGCUGGAAUAUUGCUAUGUGUGGUGUUUAACAACAAACUAACAAACAAACAAACAAAAGAUGUCAUCCGCCGUUGGACUCGCACAAUACGUUUCAGUUGGAUCGCAUGUUCUCA